UGUUUUCCAUCGAGAAAACCAUAGACUGCCAUUUUGAAUUUCAUUCAUAUCGUGUGCUCUGUGUAGUAUAUAGCUAGCUAUACCUAUAGAAGAGGAAAAUAUCAUUGGUCAUCAAUAUCAGUCUUCGUGUUCUAUUUCACAUUUAACCGCUAGUCAUGAUUGGUGACACAGAAAAUAUAUUCGAAUUUUUAAGAAGUAUGCCAUCUUCAGUUUGUUUUCUAAUGGUCAUACCAAUUUUACUAAUGACAGCUCCAAGUGUUUAUGGUGCCCACGAUUUUCCAGUGUUCCGAAUGCAGCAAUUUGACUUGAGUGGUGUGAAACAUGGUUCACGUGGUGCAGCUAUAAAUCUAGAAGCCAGGUCCCUUUCAUCAGAAAAUCUGAUUCGAAGAUGUGCAGUUGUAAGAGCCACUGAGUUAUCAAUGGAACAGCUUCAGAAAGCAAUAGAGGAUGGCUUAAGUGCCUUAUUAAUACUAAUACCACCACAUCUGGACAGGAUUAGUUUAGAUGAACUUAAAAAAUUUGAAGCACUGGAGCAGGAACUGUUGACUGCUGAUCUACCAAUUCCAGUUUAUUUUGCUCAUGAAAAAGAUCGUAUACGAACCUUGUAUGAAGAAAUUGCAUCUGCAGUUACAGGAGACGCAUCGUCAGCAUUAAGAGCUAUGACAAAUGUUGCGUCUGCCAACUCCUUCCACUUAGUAACAGAUGGUGGAGAGUCGAAAGCGAUGAAUGAUUUUCCAAUUAUUAGCAUUCAGGGCAAGUUGACUGGACAAGGACUGGAAGACCAAUUGCCAACUCUUGCGAUUGUUACACAUUAUGAUGCUUUUAGUGUUGUUCCAAAACUUAGUAAAGGUGCUGGAAGUGGAGUUGUUGCAUUGUUGGAAAUUGCGCGUUUGUUCAGCAAGUUAUAUGAUAGACAGAGUACUCAGCCAAAAUUCAACAUCUUGUUUUUACUUGCUGGUGGUGGUAAGUUUAACUACCAAGGCACAAAAAAGUGGAUCGAAGACAAUGUCGAGUCCUCUGAAAUUAGUUUGUUAGCUGAAGCGGAGUAUGUCCUAUGCAUCGACGCCAUCGGCCAAGGUACUAACCUUAACAUUCAUGUGUCGAAGCCACCCAAAGAUGGCUCACAGGGUUAUGCUCUUGUAAAUGAACUGAAAAAGGUGACCAAUGAGCUAUUCCCCGACUCAACCUUCAGUAUGAUCCACAAAAAAGUUAAUUUGGCAGACGACUUACUGGCUUGGGAGCAUGAACGGUUUUCUCUAAGAAGGCUACCAGCUGGAACGUUGUCACAUAGGGAUAAACCGUCUCAAGUGCAAGGCUCGAUAUUCGAUAGAAAAAUUACUAAUGAAUCGUUAUGGAGAAAUAUAAAGAUAUUAUCGGAAGGUCUUGCAAGACAUGUUUUCAAUUUAUCUGAAAAGAGUUAUUCAAGUAAACUAGAAAUAUUUUCUGGUGAUUUGUCGCUGGAUAAAGAUCACAUCAAUUCUUGGAUUGAACGUGUGACGUCAGAGCCUCGUAGUCAGCAGUUAAUAUCGAAGGAUCACAGACUUCUUACAGCCUUUGAGGAGUCAUUGGGAAUAUACUUAAAGGAAGUACGAAGAAUUGUCACUAAAGCUGAUAAAAAGGAUCCUGAAUUUAUCUUCUACGAUGUUUUCAUUGCAAACAUGAGUGUGUACAGUGUAAAACCAGCUUUAUUUGACUUAUUUUUGGCGUUGGGUAUUGCAUCGUAUCUUGGCCUUGUUUAUCUUGUUGUCGAGAACUUCCAUCUCUUUACAGAUCUGCUUCCGAAGCCUAUAUCAAAUGGAAAAGUCUUGCAUUAACCUUGCAUUUCAUCGUCUUAUUUUUGAAAAUUUGUAUUGUUUUUCGUAUUUAGAAAAAUGCACACAAAUUGAUGCAAAA